AUGUUGUCACUUCUGCUGGUAGUCGCUGGCUGCCUCCUUCUGGUCGUACCCUUGUCUGCGGUAGACGCCCAGUUGCCAGAGUCAGAGCCAACCGAGAGAAAGCAGAACGGGUUCCAUGGCCAUCAUCGUCUACGAGGACAACGUCAGUUGGACGCCGGUCCUCGAAUUGUUGGCGGUGUUGACAGCGGCCAAUUUGAACGGACAUGGAUAGUCAUGUUGGGCACCAGUGGUAGACGCAACCAGUGCCAUGGGACUCUGAUUCAUCCGCAAAUUGUCAUGACCAGUGCUACUUGCAUUUCCGAUAGCUUUGGUGGUUUUCCAUUCUCAGUGGUAGUCCGGCCAAAUGACAACAAUAUGAGGCAACCUGUUACUGCCAUAGAUUCCCGCACUCAUCCCUGUUACGAUCCCGUAAACUACAAGUUUGACAUUGCUCUGGUCAAACUCAAUGUGGCCAUGCCUGCGUCUUGGGUUGUGGAGUGGGCCGGGUUUAAUGGUAACCGACCAGGGCUAUUCGAUGGGAACUUUCUCCGAAUAGUUGGUUUUGGGGCCACCAAUGAGACCACCAAGAGCAUGUCGUCCCCGGCAUUGCAAGAGGCGUCACUAUCGUACGUGCGGAAUUGUGCUCCGCGAGAAACAGGAAACCAAGGGGAGAUUCGUGGGAUUCCUGGAUACGAUAGAAACACACACUUGUGCGCGGCUGCAGCCAACUCCACCGAAGUGGGGCCCUGUAGUGGCGACAGUGGCUCUCCCAUUGGACGCCUGAACCUGGACAUUGGUGCCGAGUUUCUCCAGGUUGGUAUCUUGACUGGUUUCUACCCAAAUCGUGCCACCACCACCUGUGGUGAGACUUCCCAUUACUAUCUGUAUACACGGAUUUACGAAAUGUCCAACUGGAUCAAGAUUGAACUAUGUGUUCUCGCCGGAGCAUAUUGCAAUGCUCAAUUGGAUCCUGAGAUCCACAAUGGUCGUACCUGUUCCACCGCUGCCAAUCCCCCAUGUGCUCCCCGGCAAUGGGUACAAGCCGCCGCCAAUCAAAUCACCAAUUUUGCUUCUGGAUUCACACAGCCAGUAUCUCGAUACUUUGGUGGUGACAGUCCGUGA